UUCCAAAUGGAGUGUAAACUAAAUUAAUCUGCUUUACAAAACCUAGUAGGAGCACCAAAAGAGCUUCUCUCCCUACUUCAUUUCCGACAGCAAAUGUAGUACUAGAAAAAGGUCAUUUUUGGGUAAGCUUUCAGCUCGUCUGCAGCUAGUGGAGUAGAGGGUGAAAUGGCAUCUCGUGACAGCCAGAUCCAGUCCCCGCAUUCUUCCACAAGCACAGCGCUCUACUGCUAACAGCUUCCGCUCUACGUACGCGUCGUGCUGCACGCUGGGAGUUUAGCCUGUAAACAGAAGAACAUCGAUCUCCGUGGUCUAUUAGGCCACAUCAUUAUUAAUUGGUCAUCCCCUGCACAAGCGGUUCGAGCCAAUUUCUCCUCCGUUGGUUGAAAUACAAACGGUGGGCACAGCUCAAGUCUUCGUAGGAUGGAGGAGGGACACAUGGAACAUAAUUUACUGGAGAGUAUUCUUGACGGAAGCAUGCAACCAGAGCAUCUACCGUUUGACCUUCUACAGAAGAUCACAGAUAAUUUCUCUAAAGUGCGAAGAAUUGGUGAUGGUGGGUUCGCGGUGGUCUACAAGGGUGUCCUCCAAAAUGAAAAGGAAGUUGCUGUGAAGAGGAUUAACAGCAGCAAGACAAUCGAUGAGACGCUAUUUUGUCGGGAGGUCACUAACCUGCUGGGUGUCAACCAUGAGAAUGUUGUCCGGUUUCUUGGCUACUGUUUCAACACAGUGCGGGAACAUCAGAAAUAUGAGGGAGAGGACAUUUACCCUGAUAAGAGAGAAAUGCUAUUAUGCUUCGAGUACGUGGACAAUGGAAGCCUUGAUAACUAUAUUACAGAUGAAUUACGAGGACUUGAAUGGAAUGACCGAUACAAUAUAAUCAAAGGAAUAUGCAAUGGUUUGGAGUAUCUUCAGGUGAAAAGGAAAAUCGUUCAUAUGGACUUGAAACCAGCGAAUGUACUGUUAGAUAAUGAUAUGACGGCCAAGAUUACAGAUUUUGGGUUAUCAAGAAAGAUAGAAAAUUUACAAACCAAAUGUACAAACCACUUCUUUACACGGGGCUACUGCGCACCAGAAUACAUACUAGGCAAAAAAAUAACAAUCAAGUGCGAUGUGUACAGCCUCGGUGUUAUAAUACUUGAAUUGUUGACAGGACAUAGGAAUAUUCGCAAUAAUAAGGAUAAUGUACUUAGAAGAUGGAGGCACAGACAGAAUAAAUCAGGGCAAGCAACACCAUUCAGAUACCAACAAGUAGCUAAACUCAUCGAUAUUGGGUUACUUUGCACGGAAAUUGACCCUUGUAAGAGGCCUUCUAUAUCAGAAAUAAUCCAUGAUAUCAAUGAAUUAGAAAGAACAGAUAUGCAAAUAAGCAAUGCCAACGAACCUACCAAUGAGCAGAUAUGCCCCUAUGAAGAGGAUGACAUGCUUGGGAUCGAGCCACUAGAGUUAUGUUUUCCUUUUAAGUUGAACAAGGAGACGUCAUGCCCACUUCAGCUUAGCAACCAGACAAAUGCUUAUUUUGCUUUCUAUAUCAGAACGACGAGCCCCAACGGAACGCCGUCAUACUCUAUAGAACCAACCAAAGGCAUCGUGUCACCAGAAUCCAUGCAUAUAGUCAACAUAACAUUGCAACCACUGUACAAGGCAUCAGAAUAUAAGCAACAAACUAGUGAUUUUGUCGUCUGGAGCACCAAAGUGAAUGGUAGUCUUAUAUCUGAAGCAAUAACGGAAGAUAUGUUCAGCGAACAGGAGGGUAAAGUGGUUGAUGAGGUGAAUGUGACGGUUGUGCUAGCAGAGGCAAAAUCCAAGAUAAAUCCCUCUGCCUCAAAUGAGCUGAUCCAAUUUGAUCCCCCUGAACUACACUUCCCCUUGGUGCCAGAUAAGAUGGUCUUGUCCUCAGUUAAGAUAGUCAACGACACAGACUUCAAUGUUGGUUUCCACUUGUUUUAUGUAAACAUCACCGCAAAAUACAACGCAAAUCCAUCCAUAGCAAUCCUCCCACCACGGUCCUCACAACGUCUCAUGGUGACAAGGGAAGAAAGCGAAGAGACACUAAAACACAGGCAGUCCAUUGAACAGGUCUUUGUGUGGAGUGGCAUUGUGACUAAAGAUGACAUACAAAUAGGCCCUACGUUCCCGAAAGUGGAGGACAGCAAGGAGUUGCCCAUGGUCCUUACAGAGAUAACCCAAUGUACUUCAAACGAGCUAAUCCAGCUUGAUCCACCUGAGCUCAGCUUCCCGUUUUUGCCAAACAGGCUGUUAAUAUCCUCAGUUGAGAUAGUCAACAUUACAGAUUUUAAUGUUGGUUUCACUGUAUGCACGUCAGAGGAUAUUGCUUGGAUGUACACCGUAGAUCCAAAUGUAGGAAUUGUGCCACCACGGUCUACUCAAAGAGUGGUUAUAAAAAGGGUACUCACGGAAAAGGAUCUACUAGAUGUAUAUUUUCAAAAAGGUGGGAGGCCGCCCGGCCUAAUAGAUGGCAUGUCAUAUGGCCAAGGAAAGUUCUUUGUUCAUAACAUGAUUGUGGAUGAAGGUGUUGAGGCUGAAUACCUCAUGAAUUACAAGCCUAGUACAAACAUCGAGUUGCCCGUUGUUUUUAAGAAGGGAGAGAACUAUGCUUAUCCUCCCGUAACAAAUUCGCCCUACCACGAUUUGUGUAAGGUGCAGCUGAUUCGAUUCAAUCCUCCUCGGCUCAGCUUCCCCUUUUUGCCAAACAAGACUCUGCUCUCCUCUGUUAAUAUGGUCAACAAUACAGAUUACUCUGUCGGUUUCCACAGUUGUGCAUGGAAUGCAAAGGCGAGAUAUUACACAGAACCGAGGUAUGGAAUUUUACCACCACGAUCUACUCAGAAACUCGUAGUGAAAAGGGUACCAACCGAAAAUGACCCACAGGGCAUGAAAUGUAAAGACAAUUACAUUUUGUGGAAUGCUAUUGUGACUGAACAUGUCGAGGCCAACGACCUCAUCAGUUGUAUACCAUGGAGCAAAGGGGGUACAGACUUACCCAUUGAAGAUAUCUAUGAUGAUGCUGUGGAGCAAGACAAGGGCACAUGGUGGCCCGGUUUCAUGCUCUUUCCUAGAUUUGGGAUGAAGUUUGAGCAUAGACAGUUGCCCAUUGUUCUCAGGAAGAUAAGUCCAUCUAUGGGAAAUGAAGUGAUUGAGGUUGAGCCCCCGGAGUUGUGCUUCCCCUUCUUACCGAACGGGACUCGAAAGACUUCAAUAAAUAUAGUUAACAUUAGUAAUUACUUGGUUGGUUUCAACACAUUUGAGAAUAAAGCAAAUGUGGCGCGGUACAACACAGAGCCACCAUGUGGAAUCGUGCCACCAAACUCCACACUAGAACUCGUGGUAACAAGGGUAGCAAAGGAAGAUGCAGAGGCACUGGAAGACAUGAUGCACUGCAGAGACAAGUAUUUUUUAUGGAGCAGCUUUGUGACUCGAGAUGUUGAUGCCAUCGACCUCAACCGAUGCACAUCCGAGAGAGAGAGUAAAGAGUUACCCAUAUUUUUCGCAAAGGAAAGCUCGAGCGAGUUGAUCCGGUUGGAUCCUCCCGAGCUUUACCUUCCCUCGUUGUCAAACAGGAGUGUGCUGUCCUCAGUUAAUAUAGUCAACGUUACAGACCACUCCAUCAGUUUCAGUAUAUGCACUACCAAGAGCAAUUCAGCGAGCUACUGCACAGAUCUAUUGAAAGGAAUCCUGUCACCAAAGUCCACGCAAGUACUCAUGGUGACCAGGGUAGCAAUGAAAAAGAAACCACGAGACAGAAAGCUUGAAGAUAAGUGCUUGUUGUAUAGCAGGAUUGUGCCAGAAGGUGUACAAGGCGGUGGCAUCAGUGACCACAUUGUUGAACGAGAGACCAAGGUGUUGCCAAUUGUUCUUACCAAGACAAAAAGGCUAGGUACCACAGAAGAGCUGAUACGAUUUGACCCGCCUGAGCUCAGCUUCCCAUUCCUGCCAAACAAGACGGUGGUGUCCUCAGUUACUAUAAUCAACAAUACCAAUUUAAAUAUUGGUUUCUGUGUAAGGGACUCACAUGAAAAUGCAGGGAUGUACAAAGUAGAUCCAGAUCCACGAAUUCUGCCACCCCGGUCCAGUCAUAGAAUUCUUGUAAAAAGGGUACCCACGGAAGAACACAUACAGUGCCAAGGCAUGUUAUUUGUAUGGAACAUGAUUGUGGUUGAAGGUGUCGAAGCUGAAAAUUUGGUCAAUUAUUUGGGUGUUGGAAACACUAAAAAGUUGCCGAUUCUUCUUACAAAGACAAUCCAAUGUACUUCGAAUGAGCUGAUCCAGUUUGACCCUCCUCAGCUCUGUUUCCCCUUCAUGCCAAACAAGACCCUGCUAUCCUCUGUUAAUAUUGUCAACAUUACAUAUCACUCCAUCGUUUUCUGCAACUAUGUUUGGAAUGCAGAGGCGAGGUACUACACAGAACCGAGGUAUGGUAUCUUGCCACCACAGUCUACUCAGAAACUCGUGGUGAAGAGGGUACCAAUGUAUAAUGAACCACAAGACAUCAAGUGUAAUGACAAGUAUAUUUUGUGGAAUGCCAUUGUGACCAAAGGUGUCGAGGCCAGCGACCUUAAUUUUGCAAUGAACGGUGAACAGGGUACAACGUUGCCCAAUCAUGAUCUCUACGAUCAAACUGUGGAGCAAGCAAAGGGUACAUUGUGGUCGGGUACCAAUCUAUUAUUCUAUGGCUGUGUUGCCCGGCAAAAAGAGAAUGUAGAGUUGCCCAUUGUUCUUACACAGGCCCAACCCAUAUGUGCAACCGGCGGAAGCUCUUGGUGGCCCUACUCUCUCUCCUUUGCAACCGGGAGGCACCAGAACCACCAGAGUGAGCUGGUUAAGAUUGAGCCCCCCAUACUCUGCUUCCCCUUCCUACCAAGCGAGGAUCAGAGGUCCUCAAUAAAGAUAGUUAACAUUACAGAUCACUUCGUCGGUUUUAACAUGUUUGAGAAGAAAACAAAUGUGGCAUUGUACAAUACGAAUCCACUGUGUGGAAUCCUGCCUCCUAGGUCCACACAAGAACUCGUGGUAACAAGGGUAGCAAAGGAAGUAGAGUCAUUGAAAGACAAGAUGCAUAGCAAAGACAAGUACUUUUUCUGGAGCAGUUUUGUGACUCAAGAUGUUGAUGCCUUCCAUCUCAAAGGAUGCACAUCUGAGAAUGAGAGUAAAGAUUUACCCAUAGUUUUCACCGAGACUAGCUCAAACGACUUGAUCAAGUUUGACCCCGCCGAGCUUUAUCUCCCAAUGUUUUCAAACAAGAGUGUGCUGUCCUCGGUUAGUAUCAUCAACGUUACAGACCACUACAUCAGUUACAAUACAUGUGCCAAUAGCAAUUCAGCAAGGUAUUACACAGAUCCAUCAGAAGGAAUCCUAAAACCAAGGUCCACAGAAUUACUCAUGGUGAUUAGGGUACCGGAGGAAAAGGAACAAGAAGACACGAACUCCAAAGACAAGUACUUGGCGUGGUGCAGUGUCGUGAAUGAAGGCCUCGAAGAUAGUGAUGUCGUUAAUAACAUAUUUGCGACAAAGAUUACCGAGUUGCCUAUUGUUCCUACAGAGAUAAGUCCAACUACCUAUGGCGAGUUGAUCGAGUUUCAUCCCGUUGUACUCCGCUUCACCAUCUUGCCAAAUAGGAAAUCAUCGUCCUCAGUUGAUAUAGUUAACACUACAGAAUCCUAUAUAGGUUUCAGUACAUAUAGCUGGUACAAAAAUGUGGCGUGGUACCAUACAGAACCAUCGAGAGGAAUCUUGCCACCAAAAUCAACAAAAAGACUCAUGGUAACAAGGGAGGAAAAGGAAGGUGCACUAGAAGAUAUCAUGUUUAACGACAAGUACUUUGUGCGGACCAGCAUUGUGCCUGAAGGUGUCAAAGGCAGCGACCUUGGUGAAUACAUGGUGAAACAAGAGAGCAAGGAGUUGCCCAUUGUUCUUAAUAAGAUAAGCUUGCCAAUCUCGGACCAGCUAAUCCAGAUUGACCCCCCUCAACUCUGCUUCCCCUUCUUGCCAAACAAGACACUGAUGACCUUCGUUUGUAUACAAAACAUAACAGAUGGCUAUGUUGGUUUCGAUACAUAUAACAUACAAACAGGUAAAGUGGACUAUUACGUAAUGCCACCGUCUGCAAUUCUGCCACCACGGUCCACUCAAAAACUAGUGGUAAUAUGGGUGCCAAAGGAAAAAGAACUGGAAGACAUGCCGUACAAUGACAAGUUUUUUGUGAGGGACCGCAUUGUGACUGAAAGUGUUGAAGCCAGUGACAUUAUUGAUUACCUAUACGACGAUGAGGGUAUAGAGCUGCCCAUGAUACUUAACAAGAUAAGCCCGCCGACACCAAAAGAGCUAAUCCAGUUUCACCCCCCUAAACUGUACUUCCCCUUAUUGCCAAAAGCGGAAGUGAUGUCAUCUGUCUCAGUAGUCAACAUUACAGAUUGCUACGUCGCCGUAAAGGCUUAUACCAUCAAUACAGAUAAAGUGCAGUAUCAGAUGAUACCAGAUACAGAAAUUCUUCCACCCCAGUCAACUAAAAAGCUAUUGGUACUAAGGCAGCGGGCUGAAUCGGAAGUAGCAGACAUGCAGUGCGAUGACAUGUUCUGUGUGUGGAACUGCGUUGUGACUGAAGGUGUUGAAAGCGAUGACAUCACUGAUUACUUAUAUGACGAUGAAUGUACAAAGUUGCCCAUUGUUCUUAACAAGGCAAGCUCCCCAUGUACUUCAGAGGAUCUGAUCCGGUUUGACCCGCCGGAACUCAGGUUCCCCUUUGUGCCAAACAAGACGAUAGUGUCCUCUGUUGAUAUGGUCAACAAUACAGAUUACUCCGUCGCAUUUUUUAAUCAUACCAACGAUGAAAAUGUGGCGUGGUACUAUGCAAAACCACAGAGUGGAAUUAUACCACCAAAAUCAACUCAAAGACUUGUAGUAAAAAGGGUGGUGAAAAAGGAACAAGGGGACAUGCAGAUGGAAGACAAGUUGUUUCUGGGUAGCGUGAUUGUGACUGUAGGUGUUGAAGCGGUUGACCUGACUGAUUUGGAGCUUGAGGAAGAUCCGAGUAUGGUGUUGCCCAUAGUCAUUGAGAAGACACGCCUAUUGUGCAGCUCCGAAGAGUUGAUCCAGUUCAAUCCUCCCCAGCUACGCUUUCUCUUCCAGCCAAACAAUAUGCAGCCCUUGUCGUGCUUCAUUGAAAUAGUCAACGUCACAGAUUACUGCGUCGGUUUCAACGCAUGGUUACACAAGUGCAACUCCGCGAGGUACUCCUUAUAUCCAUGCCGAGGAAUCCUGACACCACGGUCCAGACUAAAAAUCAAGGUAACAAGGUUUAUAUGCAAAAAUGAAUCAGAAGAUUUGCAGUGCAAAGACGUGGUUGGUGUGUGGAAUGGCAUUGUGACUAAAGGUGUCGAAGCUAGCGAUUUCACUUGCUACAAGGCUCCUAAACAGAGUAGGCAGUUGUCCGUUGUUCUUACAAGGCCUGGAGAAAUCAGUUCAUCUAAGGCUUGGCUUGGUCGAUUUAUCGGGAAAGCUUGAGAAGGUGACCCAUGAAGCAUGGCGUGACGCAACAGAAAUGAACAUGAUGAAAUCACAGCGCGGUUGAUUCUCAAGAUCUGCAGAAAUCGCUCAUUCUAAAGAUACAUUGGCUGUCGCCAUGAUGGCCACAGUACAACUUGGCGGUCACUCUGGAAUGGUUGUUUCUUUAACACUACUCUGUUUCGGUUAAUGAAUCUGUUCUCCCCUGCAAGCGAUAUAGUAUGCGACACUACACUGAAUUU